AUGAGGUUUGCGGUUUUCCGUGCGGCCGCUGCCUUGGUGACCAUCCUUACUCCUACCAUCGUCACAGCCGCCAACCCUCUUCAAGCCCAUAUUCAUACAAACGAGCAUGCCGUAUCCCCUCGGGACGCGGUGGCCAACAGCCAGGGCAACACGACCGACACGGCCAUCAUCCGCUCCGAAAUCCCCCGCCUCAUCAUCUAUUACCAAACCACACACGAUAGAUCAGGCAAGCCCAUCUCGAUGCUCCCGCUCAUUACAGAAAAGAACAUCGCUCUCACGCAUCUGAUCGUUUGCUCCCUGCACAUCAACAAAGACGGCGACAUCACCCUCAACGACCACUGCCCCACCCACCCGCGUUACGGCACCCUAUGGCAAGAGGCCCAAGUCCUGCGCUCCGCCGGCGUCAAAAUCAUGGGCAUGAUCGACGGCGCCGCAGUCGGUUCCUUCUCCAAAGAGACGCUCGACUCGGCCGACGAGACCGUCUUCAACCGGUACUACGGCCAACUCCACGGGACCAUCAAGCACUACGGCCUGCAGGGGCUCGACGUCGACGUUGAACAACCCAUGAGCCAAAGCGGCAUCGAGCGGCUCAUCUUCCGCUUGCGGAAAGACUUCGGGCCGGAUUUCAUCAUCACCCUGGCCCCCGUCGCCAGCGCGCUGACUAUCCAGGGCGCAAGAAACGGCUGGAACCUCAGCGGGUUCGACUACCGCAAGCUCAUGCUGGCGCAGAGUGGCGCCGGCAAGGAAGUAGCCUUUUAUAACUGCCAGUUCUAUUCCGGGUUCGGCGACGCGGGGAGCCCCAACCAGUUUCACCAGAUCAUCUCCGACAACCGGGACAUGCGCGGGGCACUGACGCCUACCAAGGUGGUCAUCGGGCAGCUGACGAGCCCGAAGAACGGCGGGGCCGGGUUCGUGACUGCCGGCACGCUGGCGAACUCGAUCAAGAGCUUGAGGGACGUGUACGGACAGAUUGGCGGGAUCGCGGGGUGGGAGUACUUUAAUGGCCUGCCGGGAGGGGAGGAGGAGCCGUGGAAGUGGGCGCAGACGAUGACGGCGAUUUUGAGGCCGGACCAGGUGCCCACGUUGAAGGUCACGAGGGAGAUGGCGAUCAAGUUGACCAGUGUUUGGAAGGAAAGUGCUGCUGCUGGGAUGAGGGAGGCGGCGAGCAAGGUCAAUGGUGUUGAGAAAAAUGCGAAUAGGACCCUUGUGGUUGCUGUGGUAGGACCCUUGGACCCUGAUGAUGUCGAUGACGUAUUUGCCUUUGUGGUGGUGCAGAUCCCCCCUUUCGCCGCAACAACACAGCCACCAAUCCAUCCGAACUUUUCCAUCAUCGCCAUGGCCUGGGCCUCCUCCUUUUCCCGUCCGACCAAGUCGGACGCCAUCCCGCCCCCCUACUACCUCCUCCAACAAUACCAAAACGAUCCCGAAGAGCCGUACUGCAAAGGCUGUGGCAAGCUCAUCGACCCCAAGCGCACCUUUGGCAUCACUGGAGCUCCCGUGUCAACUGCUGCAAGCCAGAAGCAGGCAGCAGGCAAAAGCAAGGGAUCAAAGCGUGGCGGUAAAGACCAGGACAAGGAAGACGACAAGGCUUCCGAGAAGACGGGCCAACACCAGCAAAAGGAAGUCGCCAAGUUCUGCACUUCGAGAUGUCGCAGUGAGUCCCAUCACAAGAAGCGGGACGUAAAGGAGCAGGAAAGGCAAAUCGAGGAGACGUAUAUCAAGUUGUUGAAUGGGCAGAUGGUGGAGGGGAUGGAGCAAGUUGCGGAUGGCCAAGCGGAUGGAAAGAGGAAGGGCAAGAAUGGUGGAGCGAAGCCAAAGAAGGGAGAGGGAAUAGUGGUGACGCUGGAGGAGGUGGAGGCGAUUGUCUAUGGGAGGGAGAACGAUCCCGAGAAGGUGUAUGGGAGGAAGAAGAACCGGAAGUCGAGGGCGCUGACUAGCCUGGGGACGAACGACGAAGACACUGCAGACGAGGAGUCUCAGUCAACUUCAACAGAAGCUGCACGACCACCGAGUAGAGACUCGGCAAUCGGCGGCAUCAACAUUGAACCUCUCCAGCUGGAUGACAAAGCUGUCAACGACGAGAUCGCUCCGCUCCCAAAGGGCAAGUCCCAUCCGUACACCACUGGCGGCCAUGAGGUUGCUCGUCUGGCUAUUCGCAGCGGCACGCGCAUUCGUCCUCCCCAAGAGGUGUCUGAAGUCAAUGGCAGCGUUGGCGGAGAAAAGGGACGGGCUGAGCGGAAGGCAGAAACGGAGGAGAUGAAGGAAGAGAUAAGACAGAAGAAACUUGAAGGGGAUAGAAAAGCGCAACAAAAGGAUAUGAUCAAGUCGGUGGCGAGGAGAGGAGUGGUGUUUGGGUUUGAUGCCUCUACUUCUCCUGAUGGGAAGAAGAAAUUGUGCGAGUGUGUGAUGCCUGGAGGCAAGGUGGUUGAGCCACACUUUGCGAAGGGUAAUUGGGGGAUUCGAUGGAGGGAGUGA